GCCGACUGAAAUCUCCCACAAGCCGCCUCUGGUUGCGCUAAUCUCUUUACAAUAGAUAAAGAUAAAAUGCGAGAUAAUUACUGCAGAGUGUGUGGAGUUUUUGAUGAAUACUUUGACGAAAACUCGGGUAUACAGCAUAAUGCAACAGCCAAACAUCAAUAUAAUCUUAUUCUGUACCAUUAUAACCUAAACAAACGAACUUUUACAAGCAAUAGAGAUGGGAUCUUUGUUUACGCUAUUGUAGAAAGUAAACCUCUUGAAGACUGUCCAGGUCAAGUCAAAGAGAAAACUGACCAUGCUAAAAUCAGGAUUUAUGUCAAGCCUAGUCAAGAAGUGAAAUUUUCUUUUGAAGUGAAAAGUGACAUUCGCAAGGAAGACAUAUAUGUUGUCGGCAUACAACUGUCCCAUCCCCAACCACAGUUUAUUAUGAACGAUCAUAAAUACAGAUUUGGCGACGACCCACAUGUGUUGCAGACAAAAUCUACUCUACAAGGCGAUGUGUACGUGACAUUCAAGGCGGGUGGUAUAGGACAAUAUGAAAUGCCUAUCGUGUUCACGUUCCACCGGCCUUCCGAUAGCAAAAACAUCAUCAUUAUCAGAGAAAUGGUAAUCAACGUAGAAGAAAACCCUACCACUGAAAAAUUCGUCAAAAGUCCGUUUACUAAUGAAGAAAUAGGAAAGGCGUUGAAUUUUGUGCCUUCCACGGAUCACAUGCCUUAUGAACGGUUUUUCAAGAUACCAAAAUUAUUGAAAACACUUCUGCCGGAAGGACUCGACGACGAUGCCUUGGACUCGUUGAGGUGCUCCGAAGAAAUGAGGGCACAACUCAGGGAAAUCUUGAUUUCCACUAGGUCUGUUAUUGAAGAAGGUACAACAGAAGAGAAUUAUGUAAUGUACUUCCAUUACCUCCUCUGGUGGGAAGAAAUCAUAGCGCGGAUUAAUAUUAGGAAAUACAACAUGGCUAAAGUCACGAUUGAAUGCGAUGAAGAAGGAGAAUACUUGUUAGAAGUGCCAGGUUUGGCGGAAAAGCGUCCUUCUUUACUACGUGGUGACAGAGUUUUUUUAAUACCCAUCUUAGAAGACUCUGCCGAAUCCAGAAGACAUCCAGAGAUUUUAUUUGAAAGCAUCAUCGGCAGUAUCAAAGAGGAUUCUAUAAAAUUGAUGAAAUUGGAUGAUACGUUUGAAGAAUAUUAUACACCGGAGAGGUUAUUCAACGUAAAGUUCCUUACAUCUCGCAUACCCUUGGAGCGUAUGCAUCAUGCCGUCCAGAACGUCUUCACUGCAAAACAGGGCUGCAGAAUCUUCCCCAAGCCUGUCAAGUAUUUGCCUAAAUUGCAACCUAUAAAAAAAUUUUACAAUGAACUUAUACGCGACAAUGAGGAGCAGCGUUCAGCUGUAGAGCACAUAGUGUCUAAAACUUCUGGCACAGCCCCGUAUAUUGUAUUCGGACCCCCCGGUACUGGAAAAACUAUGACAAUUGUCGAAGCUAUUAUUCAGAUAGUAGUGAAGAAUCCAAAACACCGCGUACUUGUGUGCACUGACUCUAACAUGGCUGCGGAUCACAUUGCUCUAAUGCUUGUCAGAUACAACAAGAUACUUAACAUUAACAACUUCUUAUUGAGAGCUAAUUCGCAAAAUCGUGAAUGGUGUACAUCACUGCUUGAACGCUUGUGGAACACGUACAAAAAUUUAUACGAAGAUGACCCAAACUACAUUACUGUUCUUGUUAAGAACUUUCGGUCCGAUGCCGACAUACUCAGGAUUCCCAACGAAUUGUUUUACUGGGAAAAGCCUUUGCAGCCCCAAGCACAUCCAGAUGUUUUGAGCAGAACCAGCAUACUAGAUAUGCCAGGCGGUGACAGGGCUAUCGUUUUUCACUCUGUCAAUUCUAGAGAACAAAGAAUGGGAAAUGCACCAAGUUACUUUAAUGAAAAAGAACUGAUGAUGCUACAAAAAUACAUAAUCGCAUUGACGAGAGAACACUCCGUGUUGGCGGGAGAUAUUGGCGUUAUUGCUCCGUACAUAAGACAGGUAUACAAAAUGCGUGAUUGGCUAAAACUGAACAAUUACGAAGAUGUCGAGAUCGGCACUGUAGAAUCAUUCCAGGGGAAAGAAAAAAGGGUGAUUCUCGUGUCCACAGUACGCGCUAACUGCAGGCUGCUCGACUAUGAUGCCAAAUACGGACUGGGAUUCCUGGUAGAUGACAAAAGGUUCAACGUAGCUCUAACCCGAGCCAAAGCAAAACUCAUUAUAAUCGGGAACGCGACCUGUCUGGUAAGAGACGAAAAGUGGCGGAAAUACAUGAACGUUUGCAAAGAAUACGAUUGUUACAUUGGUCAAGAAACUGAGCAGAUGCCUCGAACUGAGGCUUUACUUAAAGAUGUAACAAAAACAAGGUUCGCAAAGUGCCUUCUUAGUGAAGUAAUCGAAAAAGCUAUGAACACGAAAGUCGACAAAAAAAUAAAAAACAAAAAGAAAAAUAAAAAGUAAAUCGGUUGAUUUAUACAUUUCAAAAACAACAGCUGUAUUCUUCAGGGCGCGACGUCGCGCCGGUGGGCUACAGCGUCGGUAGUACUAUCUUGACCGUGCGUUGUAUUGCUUAUUGAUCUAGGUUGCAAUUUUAAGAUUUCCCCUUGAACUAUACUACUUCGUGUAGUAACAUUACCUACAGUUACGAAAUAAAAAUUAUUCCUAUAAUAUGAUUCAUAUUUGCAAAUGAAUUAUUCAUAAGUAACGAGUGUUCACUUCAUUCGUGCUAGUCGCUACAUGUCACACGUAAGCACAGCCGUGUUCCAAACUUUUAAAUUAGGUCCCAAAUCGUUAUUUCACCGAUUACAAAGCCUGAAUUCCAUAGGUCUGAAUACAGAUGUGGUCGAAAUAUAUCACAGCGAUUUACCUGUGCCAUCUAGUAUAUAACCAGAAAUAAGAGACGAAAUGUCAUUUAAUUUGUUUGAAAACUAUUCUGCCAUAUCAUUACUGUGACAACUGCGCUCUGAUUGGCCAGCUUGAAUUC